CUUAUGCAGUGUGUAUGUGUGUGUGUGUGUGUGUGUGCCGCCCCCGCCCAGACCUCGUGACAUGACCCCCGUCCACCACUGACGACGACACCGACCACCACCACCACCACAACCAUCAAAAUUAUGAGAAAAUAUUGCAGUCACCGAGAAAAGCGUCAGCGAAGUAUGGCAGCAACAUGACGAGUUGGAGGGGACCUUGCCUUGCCUAGUGGAAAUUCACCUCAUAGCAUGGUAACUGAAGGACAGAAUGAUGUCUGGCAGAGGCAAAGUCCCACCACCAGUCCCCAGGAAGAAGCCCAAGCUGGAGGGUGUGGACUCCAAGACAAAGGAGUGUACCCCAUCAGACUCAGUGUACCAUGUGCCAAAGGAGCAAUUGCUUGCUUGUGAAGAUCUCCUCAGACUCCCAAUCUUAUAUGAUGACAUUGUUCUGCAGUGUGUGCACACCAGGUUUGAGAAAGGCCUCUAUUAUACUUGGGCUGGCCCUACCCUUGUAGCUGUCAACCCAUGCCACCCUGUGGACCACCUCUAUACACCUCAGCAAAUAAAACAUCAUCACCAAGAAGUUGAGAGUGGAGUUGAGGCCAGAUCGGCACAUGUGUACAGUGUGGCAGGUGUGGCUCACCACCGCUUGCAGCAUGACAUUGGGCUUCUCAAUCAAGCCAUCCUGGUGUCUGGUGAAAGUGGUUCAGGAAAGACUGAAUCAGCACGAUACAUGCUGGGAUACCUGACUCACGUUGAGAAGCAUUUUCCCCAAGUGAAAAAAACACCUUCAAAAAAUGUAGUGAGAGACAAACAACCUGAGGAUAUUCAGAAGAAAAUAUUAGCUUCCAAUCCAAUCCUUGAAGCUUUUGGUAAUGCUGCAACACUACGCAACCAUAAUUCCAGCAGAUUUGGAAAGCUAAUUUGUCUGCAAUAUGGUGGAGGGCAGAUGCGUGGGGCUGAAAUUGACACCUAUCUAUUGGAAAAGACGAGAGUCACUCACCAGCCACACCACGAACGUAACUUUCAUAUUUUUUAUCAGGUUGUGUCUGGACUUGAAGCUGGAGUGAUUAAAGACAUAGGAGUUGAAAAGGAACAGAAGUUUGCCAUAUUAUCAGAGCAAGCCACUGCUUCAGAUCUCUCCAAUCUUCAGGAAACUCUCCAUGCCUUUAAACAGCUACAGUUUUCAGCAGACCACAUGAAGCAGAUAUUUCAAGUUAUAUUGGCCUUGCUGUACUUAGGAAACAUCAAGUUUCAGCAAAAGGAAGUGGGAAAUACCAGCUGGAUGAUCAACAAAGAUGACAAAGACAGUGCUGAGGGGCUAAGAAUUGCUUGUCAGUUAUUAGGCCUAGAUGACGACAAUGUGACAAGGACCCUUACUGUCCACACCAUAAAUGUCUUUAGUGGUGGCAAGGUCAAUGUGUUCCAUAAACCAUUAGAGCGUGAGAGUCAGUGUGCUGAACGUAGAGAUGCUCUCAUGCAACUCUUAUACCAGACACUCUUUCUGCACAUUGUUAGCUUCAUCAAUACUGAAAUUAGUGUUCACAGAAGUAUGUGGUCACAUUUUAUGGGUAUCUUGGACAUCUAUGGAUUUGAAACUUUUGAGAAUAACAGUCUAGAGCAGCUGUGCAUCAACUAUGCCAAUGAAAGACUUCAGCAAGCAUUUAUACUUAGGUAUCUUGCAACAGAACACAAGAUACUGAAAGAGGAGGGAUUUCUUGAGAUGGACAUUCCAUACACAGACAACUCCAACUGUGUUCUGGUUAUUGACUCACACAUCUCUGUCUUUGCAAUUCUCAAUGAGGAAUGUCAGCUGAAACGUGAUGUGAAGGAAGAGGAGGCCUGCAUCCGCAUCUGUAAUGCUCUUGAGGACACAGGUGUUGUCAGUGCCCCACCUUACCACAAGCCCAACCCUGGCUUUGUUAUCAAGCAUUAUGCUGGCCCAGUACAGUAUGAAGCACAUGGUCUCCUGCACAAGAACAAGGAUGAAGUCCCACAUGAAGUGUUACAAUUGCUGACUGUCAGUAGCAGUAUCUUCAUGAAAAAACUGACUUCACUGCUUGAUAACAAAGAUCCUGAGUUUGGCAGGCGGACAACUCGCAAGAUCACAACUCUUGCAAAAUUCAAAUUUUCUUUAGAUUCCUUGAUGAAGACAUUGUCAGGUUGUGAUUUACAUUAUGUGCGAUGCAUAAAACCCAGUUUGAGAUGCCUGCCAGGGCAAGUGGAUAAGGAGUACAUGAUGCAGCAGUUGCGGGCAUGUGGCAUCAUUGAGACGGUCUGCAUCAGCCAGGCUGGGUAUCCAGUGCGAAUGUCCUACAGUGACUUCAUUAAAAGAUAUGGAGACAGACAAGGAGUUUUGGAAGUGGUUGAUGCAUCCAUUAAAUUGGCCACUUCAGUCUUAGCAUCAAAAGAAAAGGAAAAUAUUGAUAAUCUCUGCAGGUUUGGCCACACUCGAAUGUUUCUCUCUGAAAGUGCUCUUCACUCUUUGGAAAUAGUGCGUGAAAGGAAGAGGACCCAGGCUGCCACCUCUUUACAGAAAUAUUGGAAAAGACAUAAAUGCUGGAAGCAGUUCAGAAAACUGAAGGAGGCAUCUCUUGUGUUUCAAAAAUAUACAAGGAUGUGGUUGGCAAAGAACGGAUACAGAAAAAUUAAGCGAAGUUGUGUGUUGAUCCAGAAACACAUCAGGAGGUUCAUUGUGCACCAGAAAUAUCAAAGAUUACGUAAGGCAACUGUGGUAAUCCAAAAGUACUUCAGAGGUUCAAUAGCAAGAAGAAAAUUUGAUAUUGUACGGCAGCAGGCAAUAGCAAGACCUUAUUCCAGCCAGUCUUACAUGUCCAUGAACAGCUUGGGUUACUGUAGCCUUUCUACAUCAGUAUCAAGUUAUGGUAUCCAUCAUUCUCUUGUUGACAUGAGUUGUUUAGAAGCAUCAUUUGGUACUCUUGGAGCUUUGAGUUUAAAUGGAGACUUGUUUAAUUCUUAUAUAUCCCCUCAGCAUCAUCAGAGAUUACUUGAAACAGAAGAGUCAGGCAUUGAAACUGACACUGAAAGUAUCAAUGGUGACAGUGGUGUCAGCAAGCCACGAAAGUUGCGCCGCAGGGCCCAGCUGCAAAAGCUGUUGCAAAGUAGAAGUAGAGUUCGUCACACCGGUAGUGAAGAGUCUUUAGUAGAUGCACCUGAUGUGGCACUUCCCAGUGUUGAAGCAAGAGAUGAUGCCUCAUGUCAAAAUCAGGCAAAUUUUAAAGAAAACAUUGUACAAGGAAAUUCUGUAAAUGUCUGUAAUAUUUCUAGAACUGAAAUUAAAAAGCAUUCUUCAGAUGAAAGGACUAAAAAAGACAGACCUGUGCCCUGUGAAGAUCGACAAAAGAUGCGUGUUGCAACUUUAAGAAGUCUCCAUGAAGUUUCUGAUAUUCUGAAAACUACUUCUCCAUUUGAAGACCUUCAAUUAGUUUUACUGAAACAAAGCAUUUCAGUUUUCUUCAAGAGUGGUGUACUUUCCUACAGACGCAUGCCAAUGAUCAGCAUCAAGUUCCACACCCGUCCUACCUGCCUCCCCUUUUCCCAUCACCUGCCCCAUCACGAGCAGCCACGAGGUCUAUGGGAAGCACUCCCUUAAUAAGAAUACAAGAGUAUACCUGCCAAAAUUUGCCUUGCACUGGAAUGUUUAACCUUGAACUACUGGUUUGUAUGACUUGGAUCAUAUCUCAUGAACCAGUCACUGUCCUUGUUGUUGUAAAACUAUUUUACAUUUUGUGUGUUUCUGAGGUUGUCAGUAAUUUUUUAUAUAUUGCAGCUUGAAAAGAAAAGAGAACAUAUCAAUAUGGUAAGACGUAAGAACAUUUUCCUUAAAAGUUCCAUGUAAUUCAAGAUGAUCAAUACCCAAAAGAUAAAUUUUAUUCUUGACAUUAUAUACAUUAAAGUACCCUGGGAAUACAGUUGGAUUGGAUCCUUCUUAGGGCUUCAUUCAGGAAUUUCAUUCUUUUCCAGGGUGCAUUUGUAUAUAUUUUUACCCUUGUGAUUUUAUGCUAUGUAAAUUUGAAUUUUCUUUCUGAAACUUUUAAUGAAAGAAGUUGCUCAUUUUGUGGUUAGGCAUUCCCUAGAUUGGUAUAUGAACUAGGUACUGCCUAGAUAUUGAUACAUUUCUACUGUCAUCAGAGGCAAUAAUAAUCAAAACUGAAACUUAAUAUAAAAUAGAAUCUGAUAAGGAAUGCACUGCAGACAUCUAUAUUCAAAUUUAGUUUCAUAAUAUAUAUAUAUAUAUAUAUAUAUAUAUAUAUAUAUAUAUAUAUAUAUAUAUAUAUAUAUAUAUAUAUAUAUAUAUAUAUAUAUAUAUAUAUAUAUAUAUAUAUAUAUAUAUAUAUUCAAAUUAUGUAGAGGUUGCAGACAAAAUGCAUCCAGAAAAAUAAAAGAAAUAAUGAAAUGUUUGCAGUGCUUUCAGUGAUAUGUGAAUAACUUAGAUUUUGUGAUUAUAAAUUACUGUAAUUGGAAAAUCAGUCAAAAAUCUAGAAAUGAGCCUAGAAUUGUAUUGGAUACACAUGGAAGAGACCUGUCCACAUUUGAAUUUUAGAAUUUUGUACAAUUUGCUUAGAUCAAACUUGUAUGAAUAGAUAUAUAUUUGCACUCCAUCAUUUUUUAGUAUAUUAUAAAAAAAAUAGAUAUUUAGUGUCCUUUGUAAGGUGCCAAAUAGUAAUGAAAUGUAGGUACACAAACAUGGAAUGUAGAAUGACAGCUAUGUGUUUGUCAUUAUUAUACCUUUCCCUUCUUCUUGUUAUUUAUUUAUUUUCUUCAUGAGGCAGACUUGAAAUCAUUAACAGCACACCUGACAUGUCAUUACACAUUCCACUUAUUGACAUUGCUGCUGGUCAAUACUUAAUCAGCACUGUUGUGGCAGCUUAGUCAAGAUAAAGUGUGCAGGCAAACACACACACUAAUUAAAGCCUAUCUUAACCCUCUAAUUCUAAAGAGGAAAGGCCAGUUAUGAUAUACAAUAAAACAAUAUCUUAAUGUAAUAGCAACCCAAGUGUACACACAUUAGAAGCUGGACUCGUACCUAACUGUAAGCAACUACAGAAAUACCAUCAUCAGUUAUUCCCUCCCUCCUCCUCCUCUCUCAGUGCAUUUUGCCAGCAUCAGGCAUCAGUGAGUAACUAACUUCUUUGUUGUUGGAAUAAGCAGUCUGCUUAUUUUUUUUUUUGUUCCUACCUGCCUUGCUAUUUUUUAUAUAUAAGAAUCACAUAGCCUAUAGGUCUCUAGGAAAGAGAGGUACAGUUUUCACUAAACAACAAUGUUCAAGGGUCCAUUGUGAAGCAUAACACCAAUAACAAUUAUAUUCCAUUCCCAAGAAUGGGGUCUUGCCAAGAUAAGGCACCACAACACGCCAUAUACAUUCCUUAGAAUCAAAUUAAUUCCAUCUUCAUCCAUAGGCCUCUUUUGUACUUCAGACAUAACUAAGUAAACUUUAGGCAUCACACCUCCAUUCCUUCACCCACUACCUGCUAAUGUCUCUCUGAGACAAAAUACUCCAGAACUUACAAGCCAAAACAAGUAACCAUAUCAAGCAUUUUUUUCUGCACUGAUGGUAAUAAACCUGAGGGGCCCAAAUCUCACCAUAAAUCAACAUAACCUCAUUACUGAACAGGACAUUAAGGUCCAGCCUUGGGGAAAACAGGGAGAUUAACUAUUUGAAUAGGUUGUUUUACCUCUUCAUAUAGUAAUCAUGUACUAGAAUGUCACAACUAUAUACCACACUAACAUAAACUUACCUAAAAGUACUAACACUUAAAUUUCUUGAAUCUAUUUUUGUAUAAAAUGUAGCUAUUUUUGUUUCAUAAAAUGGUGAUUUUGCAAGCUCCUUUUUGUUGUGUAGAGCUAAACUUUUAACCUGUUACUGUGUGUACAUAUCAGUGCCAAUGUAAUCAUAAUUCUAUGUGAUCAAGGAUUGUUCAGCAUUAGUAUACCACACAGUUUAUGAGUACUGGACUAAAAGACUGACCACAGCAGUGUCUGCUGAUAGGGUUGCUUGUGUGUAUUAACUCCAAUAGAAUAAGAAUUAAUAAGUAUCCUAUUGUGAAUGAGAAUGUUGGACCACUAUUAUUUAUAUAUAUUUUUAUACAAACAUUCCUAAGUAUCAAAGAAAUACUCAAUGCCAUUUAUAAGUAGGUAGACUGAUUUUACACUAAACAGGCACUAGAGAAGCACUAUACAAAAGUCCAAGUGAUGACACAUUUUAGGCUACUCAUUCAUAUGUCAGAAGUUCUGGCUAUGAAGUAGUGAAUGUUAUGCAGUGCAAUCAGUGAUAUGGCUCCUUAAUUUUGCAGUGUUUACUCAUUAAUACAUAAAAUGUCUUAAAAUAGAAUGUAGAGGAAGAGAUCAAAUCAUUCACUAAAAUAUACUUGUUUCAGACAAUUUAGAAAUUGUGAAUUUUACUUUUUAUUAUUAUUAAUAUUAUUAUUGAGACAUUUUGACAAUUUGGAAUUGGAGGUGAAAAGGGACACACGUGUUAUGUUAUGGGCCGAGUUAAUUCCUGACUAGUUUCGCUGGUGCUUCUUCAGAGGAACUGAAUAAGCUCCAGCAUUGGCCCCAUUGAUAUGAGGCUGGAGUGUUCAUGGUGUCAACCUGCUCGCUGAUUGGGCUGGUUCAUACAGUGGGUCACCCACCUCAGCCUGAGUCACGUGUGAAGGGUGCACCGCAUGUUGCUGCUGCUGUCACUGCCCACACAAUGUCCCCAGUUCUCCUAUUCAUCAUGAAUAAUAAUAACAUUAACAAGAGGACUGGGGACAUCAUGUGGGAGACAACAGCAAGCAGCAACAUGUGGCAUACCCCUCACAGUUGACCCAGACUGAGAGGUGGGUGACCCAGCAUGUGAACUGGCCAAUCAGGUUGAUGCCACAAACGCUCUGGCCUCAUAUCAACGACACCAACACUAGAGCUUACUUAUUUCCCCUAAAGAAGCACCAGUGAAAUUAGUCAGGAAUAAACUCACCCCAUAACACCCGUUUUUCUCUUUUCAUCUCCACUUCCAUUAUUAUUAUUAUUAUUUUUAUUUUUACUACUACUACUACUUCUGUACAUGUAUCUUUAAAUUCUAACCAAGGAUUGAUGUAGUUGACAUGUUCAUAGUGUAAGAUUGGUGCUACUUGUGUGAUGUUACUGUUUCUAAUGAAUUAUUGUAAAUAUUAAUGUUCCUGAUGUCAGCUCAAAGCAUGGUAUAUAUUUAUGUACAAGAAAAAACAGAUCUAUAUUUUUUGUUUUCUUAUAUACCCCUGAAAUCAAAUUAAAUUAACUGAAUCUAUAUUUUUUUGUUUUCCUAUAUACCCUUGAAAUCAAAUUAAAUUAUCACUUUACAGAGAAGCUGUUUUCUAUGAAGCCAUUGAUCUGCACAUUCCAAUAACUCACUCAUGAUCAGUACUGAUGGGAGUCUGUCAUGAAAAUAUCAAAUUUUAUUUUGCUUACCUGAAGGUCUGACUUGGAGCACAACUUUUAGUUUGAAAGUAAAUUUAGAAGACAGGAGUCUUGACCUUAUCUAAAAAGGUUAGAGGUCUCAUUAAUGCAUCACUUAUAGGGAAGGUAUGUGCUGGGCAUCAUGUGUCCAACGUGCUGGUGUGGGGUGACGCUCCUGAAGAGAAUGGUGACUCAAACCAGCUUAUUCGGGGGCAUGUGUCCCCACACCAGCACAGGUGAAAGAAUUGAGAAUAAUUACAUUAAUCAUGAACUCCAAAGUUCAUAAUUUAAUACAUUUUUUUUUAAGACUUGCAUAAAAGUAAAAUUAGCUAAUUUUGGGAUUAAAGAAUGAUAAUCACUGAAAUUUGCAUAAUUUACAUAGAAGUCUGACUGGCCAGCUAAGUUACUUUACUAUUACUGAGA